GCAUAAUUAAUUAAUUACCAUUCUUGCAUCAACGAUUCACUAUAUAACAACACCAUCCCAUCAUCAUGAUUUAGUCACAGUGCUGAGACUAAUUUUAUAGAGUUAUUAUAUUCCAAGCAAAGCAAGUAUUAAUUGUAUAAUGGCAGUGUUCAAUAAGUCGUUAUUUUCUUUAUUUUCAGUCUUACUAAUAAUCUUCUGUGCCUUUAGACUAUCCGCCGCAAGUUUCAGGGUAGAGCUGGCGCCGUCCCAGGUGGCGGCGCUGUGUAAGGAAUCCAUCAACCACACUUUUUGCUUCGACUUCCUGAACUCGACCGCCGGCAUACCGGCGGCAGAUCUCCUCGGCGCCGGCAAGAUCACCCUCAAAGUGGGCCACGACAAGGCCCAAGACGCCCGCAAGUGCGUCAAAGCGCUGCUGGCCCAAACAACUGAUCCAAAGCUGAAGGAGAGCUACAAGACGUGCCUGGAAAACUACGGGGAUGCCACCGAUGCCAUUUCCGCCGCAAAGGCUUCGCUGGUCGCGAAAGACUAUGCUACGGCGAACAUUAAGAUUUCAGCUGCGCAGACGGACGCGGACACUUGUGACGACGAGGUGAAAGGGCUGCCGGCGGCGGCGGAAUUGGGUGAAAGGAACCGGUACUUGUUCAAUCUUCUCAACAUUGGUUUGUUAAUUACCAAUAAGUUGGGGGGUUUUCAUGAAUAAUUACCGGUCGUUGUAGGUUGUUAAUGGAUUGUUUAUAAUCGGAAGAAGAAAGUCUUUGAGUUUCAGAGAUCGAGCAUGCCGGUUUCCCGGUGACAGAAAAAUUAUGAUGGAAAAUUGAUGUCAAUUUUAGUAUUUUACCCAUGGUUCAUGAGGUUACUUGAACAAUUUGAUAAGGUUUUCCCCCAGCACUUCUACUAUGCUAUAUAGUAUUGGUGCUUUAAUGUACAACUUAAAGUUGUACCAUAACAUUAAAUGUAUAAGUUUAGG